AUGAUGGCGUCCCAGAAGAAAUCGAAAAUGGGCAACGGCUGGCCCACAGAUCACUCCACAGAUAAACCCAACGACGGUGACAACAAAACACAGGCAGCGAUUGCAACACUGACCGAGCAACUCUUGCAGACGAAAGAGCUGGACGAGGCGUCCAUGGAAAAGUUGAAGAACAGCAUUAAGGCGUCGGUUUUCGGCAAUAGAUAUAACAGAUUACUUCACGUACUCAUUACUGCGCCGGAAACUUCAAAGUUCGAUGCACGAUAUGCUGUACCGAGCGGACACCCAGACGGAUAUCGAGACGGUCAAAGAAAGGAGGACAGGAGAGACAGCUUUUGGUCCGAUGUCGUUACUGCUACGAAACCCUCGGAUUCCACUACUGACAAACCAGUCUUUGACUAUUAUGGCCCGGGAACUAGAUUGCUGCUCUUCCUUCACAAGCAAAAAUGUCUAGAACGUCUCCUAACGAAGAAACCACAGAAGCCGACCACUGUCGACCGCGAUCUAGACAUGUUGCCGGUUCAUCUGGCCAUGGACAGGAAAAACGAAGAUUUCAUGUCUUGUUUAUUAGGGCUCUUUUACAUCCCAGACAAAGACAAUGGCCUAAAGCAGCUCGUUCAAAAAGCCCUCGACACGGAAGGUGAUAAGGGAAGAAAUGUAGUGCAUGCAGUCAUCGAUCGAAAGAUGCAGUUCGCUGCCCUAAUUGCAGCAAUAUGUUCCAAAACAGCCUUAUCCAAGGUAGACGCGACAGGUCGCACGCCACUGCAUCUCGCCAUGUCCACAGAUAGAGGUGGCCAGUCGACUAAGAAGAUGCCAGCAUCAGUCGUGUUAGGUGACUAUACAUCUCAAUGGAGGACCAGAUUCCUACCGCUAGAUGUGCUGGUCGAGAUUGAAAAAAGAAAAGACGUUGACUUGGGCGCAAUCUUGACAGGAAUCAACAAAGACGGCAAGUCCAUGUUUCAAGAUUGCCAGGGGAGCGACGUAGGUCAGAAAACUAAGAUGACUACGGAGGAGAUGAACGCGGAAGAAAACAGGAUAGAGCUUGAAGUUCACGGAUCGGAGCCCGAAGAUCGGUCAGAUAUUCUUAAGAAACUGAAGAAGCUUAUAUUCGACAAGGUCGAGGGCGUGUCUCUCAUCCAACGGGCACUUUAUGGCUUCAACGGUAAGACCAAGGAGCUAAGCCUGGACAUGUCGGAUUUCAACCAGAAGACGCACAACUUCGAGUCAUUUAUGGAAAAGCUCAGGAAGCUGGAGAGUAACGAUGACGCAGACGAGAACUACGGCGAAGGCGAUGGCACGAUGGAAUUCGAGGAGACGCUUCUGUUUGUGACCCUACCGGAUCUCAACUACGUCACACAGAUGUGCUCCAAUCAGACGAUCCAGGAGCUCUUUGGCUGGCUUAAGGAAAAGAACGUGCGCAAAAUCAGGAAACUCCGGAUACCAGACAGCACGACAAGCCCUCUGAGUGAUGCCUUUGUGCAGGAGCACAUACUUGAUGCUUUUGAAAUCCAGGUAUUGGAUUGGCGCCGCCUGGACGUCAAUCUCGACUGCAUUAUAAACACGGCGAGCCGCGAGCCGCGGCCAAAUGCAAAGGCGUUGGAAGAGCUGCGACUCUACUCGAGCGGAAACUGGAGUGUUUUGUACCACUGGAUGAGCGAUGAAGGACUGUGCAAGCUUCCCCAGGCAAGACAUCCCUACCCUCUCUUCUCAGGCCAGCUGCUGACAAGACCUUGCACGGGACUCUAUGAUAAGGCCACGCACGACCGCCACAGCAAUACUGUAUUGCUGUACAAGCAGCUAAUGGACGAAGCGUAUGCUAAACCGAGUCCGACAGGGGUCAGCUAUAAACUCGACAUCCGACCCAACGCCCACUGGGACUACCCGCUGUUGGCUCACAACGAGGAUGAGAUUCCGCCGGUAAAGCACCGGUUCACAAAUCAGCUGCUUCCGACAAACAAUGCGCUGGACAGUCUCAAAGAGAUUUGGAUGUGGACUCGCUCGGAGCUCAACAGCGUCGAGACCAGCGACGAGGAGAUUAGCGAAAAUGAGGGUAUAGCUGCGGACGACUGGAAGAAUAAAGCUGCUGCCCGGUUCCGGAAAUAUGCACUGAGACCAUCGCCUAGGAGCAUACUUUCACCAAUAGACUACCGGAUUCGGGUGGCCGUGAUAGAUAACGGCACAGACCGGACCCAGCCGAGUAUUCGAAACCGGAUCGUGGCCGGCUGCUCAUGGGUCAGGGCCGGCCAGCAGGAGCACCACAAUCCGGAGCUGCCGUGGUGGAUGGUAUCAGAUCCUCAUGGCACCCAGAUGGCCUCUUUGAUUGCACAGGCGAGCUCGUACUGCCGGCUCUACGUGGCCCGUGUGGGUCGUGGCCGUAGUGACAUCGAUCCGCAUGCCGCGGCCAAUGCAGUCCAUUGGGCUGUCCAGCACAACGUCGACAUCAUCUCCAUCAGCUGGACGCUCAAAGGCCGCGAAAAUGUAAAGAUCCUUCAGGAGGCCGUCAACGAUGCCAUCAGAAGCCGCACACUCGUAUUCUGCUCAACACCCGACCAGGGCAUCUACGCUGAGGCUGCCGACCGUCUCAACGGUGUCAUCAGUGUCAGUGCCGCAGACCGCUAUGGCCACCCGACCUCCAAGUCCUCCGGCGAGACCCAUGCAGACGUCUACGUCCCCGGAGAAAACGUCUUUGCCCCUACCCCUGCCUACCUUGGCAACGCCCCUACCGACGUGUCCGGCUCCAGCGUCGCCACCGCUCUAGCCGCUGGUAUCGCCGCCCUCUCUCUUCUCCUGCUGUACACCUUCAAUCCCCAAAAAGAUCUUUUUGACGAAGAUGAUGAAAACUCCGUAUCAAAGACCAGCCCUACCCGCGGCACCUACCACAGAAAAAAAGUGAGCAAAGAGGAGGUUUUGGAGACGCUGGCCAAGAAUUGGAAGGUUAGCACCUGGGAGAAAGACAAAGCGACUGCCUAA